CUUACAAUCCACACGCAUUCGACCGCCCAACGGCGCGGCCCACGUGGCCGUUUGUCCAUGUCAUUUCCCAACUUGCCACGCCCUGUCAACGGGAACAGCACCCACAGAUUCGUCCUUCGUCGCUACCAACACGACUAGCAUGGACUCGUCAGCGAUCCAAUUCGGCAUGAUGAACUCGAUGCGCACGAGCAACGUGAUCCUGGACACACUCAUCUGCCUCUUGAUCCCCAUCAUGUUCAAAUGCUUCUUCGACUCGUCCGAACAACUCACGGUCGCGUUUGCGUACGUCCGCGACUGUUUCCGUCGCAAAGGCAACGAGGUCGUGCGGCGCAUUGAGCUCAAGACGCACUUCAACACAUGGGGCAAGGUCCAGGACACGGAAGAACACAACCACAUCCUCCAGAAAGCCAUCUCCAUCUACCUCAGCGACCACUUGGUCAUGGCCAAGAAGUCGGGACGGUACGAGCUGCUCGACAAGGUCGAUUCCCCCGAAACUGACGCAACCGAGCUCGCCGAGCCCGAACCCGAAGACGAUCCGUACGGGUUGAACGAGAGUUUGGAGCUGCAGAAACUCAAGAUCGGCGCCCUCCCCCCCCUCAACGAAUGGAUCACGAUCGAGCCCGAGCUCGAGUUUUACCACGAAAUCAGCAGCAACGACGGCCACAACGGCGGCGGCGGCGAAAACAACGCGCUCAAAGAGUCGACCAUCACGUUCAUCCUGCGAUCGACAGCCGUGGACGCCACCGAUCGCAUUGAUGCCUUUGUGAACCGCGCGUUCGAGAGCUACCAGGCCGCGGUGGUCGCCAAGCACAAGAAGGACAAGGCGCGGUACAUGUACAUGACGGCGGCGACGGCCGGUUCGUCGGGCGCGGGGGACGGAGGGGGUGGUGGCGACGCCGGUGCGUCCGUGGCCAAGUACAAACGAUAUGGCCUGAGUGAAGACAAGACGUUUGACAGUUUAUUCUUCGAUGACAAGCCGAAACUGCUGACGCUGCUUGACAACUUUCAGACCAAGCGAGGCAAGUUUGGCAUCCGGGGGUUUCCGUACAAGAUGGGGCUGCUGCUCCACGGUCCCCCCGGUACGGGCAAGACGAGCCUCAUCAAGGCCGUGGCCCAGCACACGAACCGACACAUUGUCAACAUCUCACUGAGCAAGAUCAAAACCAACCAGGAGCUUAUGGACAUGAUGUUCGACCUCAAGUUUGGCCUCGACGGCGAAGACCUGCCGGUGAAGCUAAGGUUCGACCAGAUCGUGUUUGUGAUGGAGGACGUCGAUUGCGCGUCCAACGUUGUACUGGCUCGGACAGAUGCCACCAGUCUUAGCCAACACGACACCACGUCCAUCACACGGGGGGGAACGGCGACGACGUCCCCACCACCACAUGUCCUAUGUAAUGGCGAUGAUAACGACAUGAUUGGUAUCGGCGAAUGUGGCUUUGAAGGGGGUGGCUCGCCUCGUCAUCGCCGCCAGCCUCGUGAUGAAGAAGGAGGAGAAGAACUGGACCCAUUGGUUGAUAUGGUUAUGGGUCCCAAGAACUACAACAACAACAGCACCAACCGCCUAUCGUCGUGGGGUCCCAAGGACAAACUCAACUUGUCAGGUCUUUUGAACGUGUUGGACGGCGUCGUGGACAGCCCCGGCCGCAUCCUCAUCCUGACAACCAACCACCCCGAGAAGCUCGACCCCGCACUCAUCCGCCCUGGCCGUGUCAACAAGCAGGUCCAACUAGGUCCGAUCAACGGCCGCCAGACCAUGGCCAUGAUGGAGCACUACUUUGCCUGCACCCUCAGCCCCAACCAAAGCGCCGUGGUCGAUCGAGUAUUUGAACGUGCCACCAACAGCGGUAUCUCGCCAGCCCAGAUCGAACAGCUGUGCGCCGAGCACGAUGACGUCGACGACAUGCUCGAGGAGCUAGCCACGUUGUUUACAGCGUGAGACUGGACGAUUCCACGACACUACCCCAGUGAAAACAAAAUGAACACAAUGCUCACCAACGACCCCACUGACGACAGCCCCAAAGAUGAGUUGUCGGGGACUAAGAGGCCUGAGAUACAUCAAUGAGCAAGAUGUGACCACCCCAUCGUAGCAGAGACGACAAACAUGGACGACGAGGUAGCCUUGGGGGGGAACACGAUGCAAAGGCCCCCCGUAGAGUCAGUCCAUGAGUGCAUUGCACGGUGACGUUGAACGAUUUCGACACGAUAGCAUCACUGGUGUGGUCGUUGGAGGCAGCAGCUAAUAAUGUGAAGAGAAGACGUUGGAACUACCCAAAAGCGAGCGUCGUGUAUUUGCGGUCGUGGACGACGCCAAUACCAGGGUGCGAUUUAACCGAGGGCCACAUUUCUUUGAAGAUCGUCAUGGGAACGAUCGAUCGAGCACGGAUGUACGUAGCGACAGCACCUUGAGCCACUCAUGCCCUACGUGAGAAAAGAUGAGAGACGCCGACACGUUGUCACCAAACAUCAGCAUCUUUCUCUCUUGCAUGGUUUUGGCAUGUACUUCGUUAAUUCGCCA